AUGGCGAAUACCACGGCUCAGUUCCCUUGCGAAGAGUAUCCCUGUGGCCUUCCUGCUUCACUUUUCGAAGGAGACAGAGAGAUCCUCUUGGCCACUUUACGGGCAGAAUCUGCCCGCUUGUUUUCAGGCCAAGACAAUAUUGAAGUGUGGAAAUCGACUGAAGUGAUCACAGAACCAGAACAUGACCGCAUCACACUCAGACGGGAAGCAUUUUCCUGGCCUAGUUUUGACUUGAAUCCCAAAUUCUGCACCUACUUCGUACACCAACCCUCGUCCUGGGGCUACCUGCAGAUAUCUCGAGCGACUCUUCAACGAUUGCUCUACACUCACGAAAUCUCACCUGUGGUCCUGGAAGGUGUCUUCGCGUUCGGCUCGAAAAUCACGGGAGAAGAUGAUCCAUACUUCAGCCUGUGCAGCUGGAAGACCAAAGAACAACCAGUCCAAAACGCUGCGGGGGUUGAGAAGAGAUGGAGCUCGGAAAUUUGUUAUCUCCUGCGUUACUACGACAAGCACGGCCGCUCAGAUCUCAAAAAUGCAUGGUCUCUCAGGCAAACAAUGGUCUAUCAAAGGCAGUCACAUCAUGAAGGCCAGUCGAUAUGGCUGUUCAUCCAGCCGUCUCAACGUUGUAAAGACAUGUUGUGGAGAGCCUUCCCCAAACAGAACCAUUUCCUCAGCGCCCACCUCCUGAUCCUGAGAGCCAAUUUAUCGGGCUGGAGAUCAUAUCUGAAUGACACAAGGAGAUCUCUCGCAGAUUACACCGAGAAAGCGACCAAAUCAUCCUUGGAGUUCAGAGACGUCGACUAUGAUACUGGUUUCAAGGACAGUCAGCGACUCCGAGAGCUGUGUCACAAUCUCCGCGUGGCUCAGACUAUACUCGACUCUGUCCUCGACAUUGCGCGCACAAUCCAAAAGAUCUGUCACGAAGCACCAUCCUCAGCCGCGAGCAAGCCCAACGCUACCAAAGAGUUACUAGCAGACGUGGAGGUCGAGAUACAGCGAAUCAUGGGGUUCAAGCGGACGGCUUGUGCUCUGCACGAACAGGCGGAGGGUACUUCGCAGCUCCUGCUCAAACUUCUCGAAUAUCGCAAAGCAGACUUGCAGACCGCCCACACCGUGGCACUGCGGAACAUGGCUCAGGCAGCGAACGAUCAGAGCAACAGCCUGCGCCAACUGACCGAGCAGACAAACAGAGAUUCACGGUCCGUCAAGAUCUUGACAUUCGUGGCCAUGAUGUAUCUGCCUGCCAGCUUGAUCGCCGUAAGCACUGUUCUCUACGGACCUAAUUCACGUCCCGGCCACGAAUGCGGGUCAUUCACCGCAACAUCUGGUGGUGAGCAGUUCAAUAUGGAUCUACGUGUUGGCGAGCAUUGCAUUGACGAUCUGCACACUGGGUCUGAGUGUGCUGUUCGACAACACGGAACUCUGGCGGAAGAUUAG